GCUGUUUCCUGUCUACAGUGUCUGUGUAAUGUAGAUAAAUGUGAGGAUUUUCUCUAAAUCCCUCUUCUGUUUGCUAAAUCUCACUGUCACUGCUAAAAUCAGAGCAGAUAGAGCCUGCGCAAUGGAAUAAAGUCCUCAAUAUUGAAAUGUGACAUUGCUCUCAACAUCUCACAUCUCUCUGGAUUUCUUUUUUCUCAUCAUUACUGCUAACAAAUUGAUUUCCAGACUUUGCACUUUUAAGAAGCAAUGGAAAAAAUCAACAGUCUUUCAACACAAUUAGUUAAGUGCUGCUUUUGUGAUUUCUUGAAGGUGAAGAUGCACACUGUGUCCUACAUUCAUUUCUUCUACCUUGGCCUGUGUUUGCUUACCUUAACCAGUUCUGCUGCUGCUGGCCCAGAAACACUCUGUGGUGCUGAGCUGGUUGAUGCUCUUCAGUUUGUGUGUGGGGACAGAGGCUUUUACUUCAGUAAGCCUACAGGGUAUGGAUCCAGCAGUAGACGCUUACACCACAAGGGAAUAGUGGAUGAAUGCUGCUUCCAGAGUUGUGACCUGAGGAGGCUGGAGAUGUAUUGUGCUCCAAUAAAGCCACCUAAAUCUGCACGCUCUGUACGUGCUCAGCGCCACACUGAUAUGCCAAAAGCACAAAAGGAAGUGCAUUUGAAGAAUACGAGUAGAGGGAACACAGGAAACAGGAACUACAGAAUGUAAGAACAUGCCAUCCACGAGAAUGAAGAAUGAAUGUGCCAUCUGCAGGAUACUUUGCUGUAAAUAAAUUAUUUGUUAAACAUUGGAAGACUUAAAAAAACCUAUGGUUUAAUAAGCUUGAUGCAAUCUCAACCAAUGGGCAUUCUCCCAGUGAUCAAUGCAACUAAACAUUCCAAUAUUAAGUCUUUAGAGAACAGAACAUUUUAACCAGCCCAGAGCUAAAAAUUUCUGUGGUUGAUCUAUUACUGCUUGUUAACCUGUUUUAAAAGUCCUGCACAAAAUCUCUUAAAGUCCUGUGCCCCUCAAAAGCCUACAAAUUUAUGGGCCUUUGAUGGAUCCAAUUGCACUAAAUUAACCUAUGAA